AUGGCUCUGGAUGAUCAUGGUAAUGAAGUCGGGAAAUUGUUUGUUGGGGGGUUGCAUCAGUCCACGAAUACAAAUGGUUUGCACAAUUAUUUUUCCAAAUUUGGGGAUAUCGAAGAAUCAAUCGUUAUGAUGGACAACCGAACGGGACGUUCACGUGGAUUCGGCUACGUAAAGUUUAGGGAACCAUCUGCUGUUGAUCAAGUGCUUUCAAAAAAAACUCAUGUAAUUGACAAUAAGGAAGUUGAUCCCAAAAGAUGUAACAUAAAUAUGCGUGGAAAGAAUAAAAGGAGCCUCAAGAUUUUUGUUGGUGGCAUUGCUUUUGAGCAUAACGAGGAGACCAUCCGGAAUUUUUUCCAAUGUUUUGGAAACGUGACCGACGUUAAUCUUUUGUCAAAUCCGGGUCGACCACGCCAUCGUGGCUUCGCCUUUGUUGGUUUCGAUGAUGAAGAAGUGGUGAAAAAGCUCAUAAAAAUGCAUUUCGUCAACCUACACGGCAAGCAAGUUGAAAUCAAACCCAUGGAACCGCCAAAUACUCAAAAGACCUUUGGUUAUGUGCCUCCUGGUAUGCUGAAUACCCCAAUUAGUCGGUCAGGUCGUGGUUACUCGCGUUUUGGCUCCUUCCAUCAGCACAGUAUCCCUUAUGGAGGCUUGAAUUACUGGAGCCAUAGCGGUAAUGGCGAUGGCAAGGCGGACCUUCUCACUGAUGGGAAUGGAGGUGGGAACGGUUGGAACCAGAUAAUAAAUCAUCACGGUAAUCCAACGCGGAGUUCACAGCCCCCACCUCCGAAUCAAUGGAAUGGAUCUCAACCCCCCUCGUCCCUGAAUGGAUGCUGGGAGAGUCAAUUGGCUGCUGCUGCUGCCGCGGCAGCUCUUCAAUCUAAUGGAUUUUCAUCACCUCAACAACAGUGGGGUUCACAGCCUUCGUCCGGCGGACGUUCGUGUUUCCGUGGUGAUGGCAGUGGUUGUAGUGGUAGUGAUGCUGGUGCUGGCAGCGGUAGUAUCGAAGAAACACUAAUGAACUACAAUUCCUGGACCUCCCCCACUCUCCACCAACAGCAACAUCAGGGCGGACCGUCCCAUCCUCCUAGCAAUCUCCAGCCAACCAGUGACCAGUUCUCUCGUCGCAUCAUUGGUAACGUCGGUGUUGGAGGCACCAACGAUGACAGUCACUUCGCCAAUACCUGGAACACUGCAAUGCCUAACAAUAGAGUCAAUCAGUGGAGCAGAAAUUCUAUGCCUCUGUGGAGUAGCGGUUCUGUCGUUCGGACUGAUCGGGGUGAUUCACCCACCGGAGCUAGGCUGGGUGGUGUAAUGAGUCUCAGCUCAAAUGCUGAUUCUUCCGAUGUUCGCAUACCAGCGGCCUACGCAAUUGCAUCUGUUACUGGUACAUUUUAUAACCUGCCUAUGGCAAUCGUCCCAGCAAGUUGGCUACGAAUGAUUGCCAAAAAUUUGUGCCUGGCAGAAAAGCUGACGAACUGUGAACAGAAAGGUCAUGACUCUGAGAUGGAAAUUCAAACAAUUGCGAUCACGGUCUUCAGAAUGGACGACGGAAUGUACAGGGCGACACCUGGUACCGGUGUCAAUGGACUAACAACAGGAGGCGGUGCAGGUUUGGGCACACCCGAGGGGACGACUUUCCUUACCUCCGAGGCAGCAUCGGCGUCUGACUGGCAGUCCACAGUGGCUGCAGUAGCCGCAGCAGCCCAACAGCGCUCUAUGCUAGCUGCUGCAGCUGCAGCUGCCGCAGCUGCGGCAUCUCAAAUGAAACGAUGA